AACUUGGUUUCGGGCAAGUUUUUUUUUUUUUUUGAAUUUAAACCGCGUUUGUCAACAAGGUUUUUCAUAGAUAAAAAUGUGCAUGAAUGGACGUCAGAAUCGAUUGUACUUUUUGUGAUCAGUUGUCGACGUUGCCAACAAGUGUUAAGAUAUACCCAAAUUGGAACGAAACGAAACAGGAAAGCUUUAAGAAGUAUUUCAAUCGUCGGUAUUGCAAUUUCCAAUAAAGGUUUUAUUUCUUCAUUCUUAUUCUGUAACUCACCAAUGGAAUCAAAAGAUAAACCAAUGUAUCCAGCGUUCGGUCGGACUAUGCGAAACGAAUUUCUUAUGAAACAGGACUUCACACUGCUUAACCAUGGCUCAUAUGGAGCAUCUCCGAAAGCUACACUUGCAGCUCUACACAGUUCCCAAAGGCGUGCGGAAGCCAAUCCAGACUUGUGGAUGAGACGUGAUGCUCCAGUGGAACUGGCCAAAGUGCGAGCAUUGCUAGGAAAAUUUGUUAAUGCAUCGGCGGACGACAUCGUUAUGACCAUCAAUACAACCAGUGCAAUGAAUGCAAUUUUCCGCAAUAUGGUCUUCGAGUUUGGCGAACGAAUCUUACAUUUCAAUACAAUUUACAAUUCGAUGGGAAGUCUGAUUAAGUACAUCUGCGAUUACAGUAAGGGAGCUGUGAGCAGAUUGAUAUUUAACGUAACGUAUCCAAUUUCAAAUGAUCAAAUCGUGAAAAACUUCGAAGAAUUUCUCGACGUCAAUCAUGACUCUGCACAUCCCAUUCGGAUAGCUUUAAUUGAUCAUAUAUCGUCUGAGCCAGGAGUGGUUGUUCCAAUUGAAAGACUUAUUCCUUUGUUGAAGGCACGCAAUAUAACUGUACUCGUAGAUGGCGCCCAUGCCAUUGGUCAGAUUCCCGUUGACAUAACGGCCCUGGCUCCCGACUAUUACAUAACAAAUUGUCACAAAUGGUUGUACGCUGCUAGGGGUUGUGCUAUGAUGUACGUUGACAAAAAGCAUCAAGGAACCAUUCAUCCAGCUCAUAUCAAUUCGGGUUACGUUCAACCGUCUAAUUUUCAGCACGAAUUUUUCUGGACCGGGACAAUGGACUAUAGUUCAUACAUGACUGUACCGGCAGCUCUAAAGUUUCGUGAAGAUAUCGGCGGUGAACAAGCCAUUAUGUCAUACACUCACCAAUUAGCAAUUGAUGGCGGACGUUACAUUGCUAAUGUUCUCGGAACGGAAGUCCUUCAAGACGACGAUCAGAUCGCAAACCUUGUUGACGUACGCUUGCCACUUAGCAAUCCUGAUAAUGCCAUGCUAAGCACACAAUUUUGGAUUGACACGAUGCUCGUUCAUUUUCCCCAAACUUUUGUUCCCGCUCACAAACAUGGAGGGAAGUGGUGGAUCAGGAUAUCAUCUCAAAUUUACAAUGACUUGACCGACUUCGAUACACUUGGCAAGGUUAUUAAUAGCAUUUGCAAUGACAUCAACAAGAGAAAUUAAAAAUUUCCGAAGAA